UUUAAACUAAAAUUUGCAUCAAAAGAAAAUGUUUUUCUGACUGGGCUAAGGGUUUCCUCCCUUUUGUAACAAAAAAAUAUAGGGUUUCCUCCCUACGCAGCUGCCACCACUACCACCGCCGCUUCACCACCCCCACCACCACCACCACCGUUUCUCCACCUAGUCUUCAUCCACCUGUAUCGGAGCGCCUCCUUCAAGAACGGGUUUCAAUUAUAUUCAAUAGGGGCAGAUUUCAUGAAAGCACAGCUCCAAUGAGUGAUCCUCCAGCUAAAUCGCGUGCUCUGCCGGACGCCGAGUUGCCGGUAAGCCUCCCUGAUGAACUUAUUACUGAAGUUCUUUCCUUUGCCGAUGCGAAAACUCUUAUGCAAAUGAAAUGCGUAUCCAAGUUUUGGAAUUCUAUUGUUGCUGAUCCUAAAUUUGUGAAGCUUCACUUUAAGCGAUCUGCGCAGAACCCUCACCUGGCUCUGUUUUUGAGUAAAUCCCACCUUGAUGGGGAUAACAGUGUUGUACCAUUCUCUGUAAGUCGGUUGGUCGAGAACCCAUUGAUCACCCUUCCAAAUAACCCUUGUUAUGGAUUAAGGGACAAGGAGUGCCGCUUUGUUAUUGGUUCUUGCAAUGGAUGGCUUUGUUUGCUUGGUUAUUCUUGCCUCUCUGAAUACAGGCAGAUUUGGUUCCGUUUCUGGAACCCUGCCACAGGUAAAAUAUCCCAAAAAUUAGGGUACUUUUGGGAUCAUAUGUUGGGCCUGUAUACUCAUUUUAAGUUUGCGUUUGGUUAUGAUAAUUCAUCGGAGACAUAUAAGAUUGUGUUGUCGAUUUUGGAUGAAGCUGCAAAUAGAACUAAUGUGCGAGUUUUAACUGUGGGUGAUAAUGUUUGGAGAUCUAUUCAAAGUUUUCCUGCUGUUUCUCUUCCUUUCCGCUAUACUAAUCCUGGUGUGAAUGAUGGCGUGUAUUUGAAUGGUAGUCUUAAUUGGUUAGCUCUUCGCCAUAGCUUUCUAUCUGAUGGUGCUCAUGGUUGGAAGAGCAUUAAUGUUAGACAGUUUGUGAUUAUUUCACUUGAUCUGGGGACGGAGACCUACAGACAGUUGGUACCACCUUUUGGUUUUGAUGCAUUGUCACCUGUAGAGCCAUCUAUAUGUAUAUUGAUGGGCUGUCUUUGCUUUUCUCAUGAUGAUAGGAGAACCGAUUUUGUUAUAUGGAAGAUGGAAGAAUUUGGAGUUGAAGAUUCUUGGGCUCAACUUCUUAGAAUUAGUUACCAGGAUCUUCAGAGUAUGCAUCAUGACGUUGUUGACUUGCAAUAUUCUCAAUGGUUGCCGUUGCACCUUUCUGAUCAUGCCAAUACACUGAUAUUGGCUAACAAACAAGAAAGCCAGGCAAUUCUAUAUAAUGUAAGAGACAAUACAGCAGUGCGAACUAGAAUUACCGAUGAAAUACAAUGGUUCUCCGCUAAGGUCCACAUAGAAAGCUUGUUUUCUGACAUUUUGGAACUUCAGGCACUUCAACCCUAACUAAUGGUACAUUCUGGGAUGGUGGGAGAAAGGGAAGUAAGGAGCUUAUUGGAGCUACAGUCACAUCAGUUACAGUACUCAUUUUGUACAAGACAUUUAUGGCCCUCUUGAUGUCUUUCGUUUAGGUUUCUUCGAAAACAUUUGAAGCAACUCUCUGCUUAAUAGUUGUUCUGUUUACAACCGUACUCCUGUUUGUUUAGAAGCAGGCAUCUAUCAAGCUCUUUCAAGAUUACGUUUGAUUAUAAUAAUUUAUCAGACACUUGGAACGUGGUGGUCCGUGGCGUUAAAGCUCAAGGAGAACCGGAGUGAGAGCUUUCGGUUUCGGUGACAUUGCUUUGAUAAUAUUAUUAGUUUUCUCUUGGUCUCUUCAGUUGCACUAUAUUUAUCCCCGGGUGGCUGGUGGUGUGUAUUUGAUCGACGCUCUUAACUGGUUGGCCAUUUACAAUAAUUUCAGAAACGUUUGCAAGUUUAUGGACAUGCUUUGAACAUCAAUUAUCCAUAAAAUUCUGACAUAGAAACCUAGGUAAAAGUGAAGGAACGGUGCAAAAGCACCAAUAAUGAUGCUCUUAGAAAGUCUUUAAAUAGCCCUCCAUUGGUAGAGGGGAAAGAUAUCUUUGAAUAAUUAAAUUGUGUCUAGAGAAUUAUUUAGUGUGAAAGGAGUGUAAGUGCUCUUUUGGAGUUGCUUUGUGUGCAAGGUUAUCUUCAUUGUAAACUUGUUGUAUCUUCUCUUUGAAUCUCACUACAUGAAUAAGAAGUUCUUCAGCUCUUUGCUAUCUUUAUCUCUAUUCAUUUGAGUUUGUUUUACCCAUUCCUCUAAUCUUGAAUAUUAGAAUUCUCAGGUUCCUAUCAGGAACACCGGAAGUUGCUUGCCCUUUGAUACUUUGCAGAUAGCGGAAUUUGGAGUUGAGAAGUCUUAGACUCAAGGGUUGUCAAUGCACUUUUCUGAGAAUGGAGAUACAUUGAUAUUGUGAAACAAUUUAGAAGACCAAUCAAGUCUCUAUGAUUGGAAAGUAAAUAGAGUAGUGAGAACUAUACACUAAAAUAUGUUGGCUCUUUUCCAAGUAUUAUGUUCAAACCUUGGUUUCUUCUUUCUGAAAAACGUAGAUGCUCAUUUAAGGUUGAUGUAAAGAUUGACGACAUCUGUAAUCGUCAAACAGUUUUGUUGGAGCUUCUCCCUGGAAAGUUGCCUUAUGUUCAGAGGUUCUGAAGUUGUCUUUUUCUUCUGUGAUGUUGGUGUUCUAUUGCUGUUCCCAUUCUUCGUCACAGGCCAGCUGCAUCAAAUGAGUUCAGUUCAACAAAACCAAUGGACAUGUUGUGUGGGAACUAAUGUUCAUGAACAAAAUAAGAUAAGUUUAAUGGGAAAAGACAGGCUUUUAAGCAAUAGAUGUGUAAAUAGCCAAAUAUUGUGGACCUGAUACUUGAAACUGGUUUGAGUAAAGAGGAGAAACCAAUAAAACUAACAAGGCAUCACCAAAGAUUGUUACAUAUAAUUCGUCGAAUAAAUAAAGUGAUCCUAUCCUAUUUACUGUUUAGAAAUUGAAAAUCUACGUGUCUUUUAAGCAUUAAAGUGUCUUUGCAAUUUGAUAUAUAUUCAACUCAUUAUAUUGAGCUUAGCACUCCAAUUAAAUUGUUCAUUUUUUUAAA